AUGCAGACUCAGGGCGAAGAGAAGAAGGAAGUGGAGAUCCAAGUGACACCCAAGCCCAUCUCCUCCAUCGAUCCCAAGAAGGUGGGCGAUUUGUCGAAUGCCAACUUCCCCAUGGAUGCCGAGGGUCGGGUCUACCACUUGGGCGUCAAGGCCGGCGAAGUGGCGAACAGGAUCCUGAGCGUGGGCGACUCGGGGCGUGCGGCGCUGCUGGCCACCUUCUUCGACGAUCCGUCCAAGACCUUCACGCGUGCCUCCACUCGCGGCUUCGUCAUCCACACCGGACGCCGGAAGGGGGUUCCGAUGACGAUCAUCGCCACGGGCAUGGGCAUUCCCAUGAUCGAUUUUGUUGUGCGCGAGUGCAGGGCAAUCGUGGAGGGUCCCAUGGUGAUCGCUCGCUUUGGCACGUGCGGCACCCCGCAGACCGACAUCCCCAUCGGCUCCAUCUGCGUCGCCUCCAAGGGUUCGAUUUGCGCGACGAGGAAGUACGACGCCUUCCUGGAGAGCGCCCAGAAGGAGGGCGCGCGCAAGGCCCUCGACUACUACGCCCUCUCCACGAUCUUCCCCGCCGACGCCACCCUUUCCGAACUCAUUACGGCCAAGCUCGAGAAGUCGGUGCGGCCCGAGAUCAUCCACCGGGGACUCAACAUCACCGGCGACUCUUUCUACAGCAGCCAAGGUCGUGUGACGACGCACUUCGAGGACUACAACGAGACCCUCCUCGACGAGGUGCUCGAGAUUCAUCCUGACGUGGCCUCCCUCGAAAUGGAGACCUUCCAUCUCCGGGGCACGAUUACGGCGUCGGCGGCGACGAUCGUGCUGGCCCAGCGGAGGUCGGGCGCCUUCCUCGACCACGCCACCACGCGGCAGCUCGAGAGGGACGGCGGAUGCGCCGUGCUCGACGCCCUCGCCGAAUACCCUCUCCUCGAAGGCGAAACGAUGAGCGGUGACUGUGUGUGGAACCAGUGA